AUGGAAACUGACAGGAAAGUAAGAACGGCAGCUAAUUACUAUAGAAAGAACGUACUAAGGAAAUAUUUUCAAAUUUGGAAAAAAUAUUCAAAUCACAAACAAUGUUUAACAAACAAAAUAAUGCAAAUACCAAGCAAUAAUUAUUUGGGUUCAAAGCCGAUUGUACAGUUUGACUGUAAAAUAUUAGAUUUAAAGAAGAACGAUAAUGACCAAAAGGAAAAAGAAGUUGUAUAUACAAAUAUUGCUAGUACAAACAAACAUUUAGAUAAUACAAUUAAAGAGGAAACGAUAAAACUUAGGAAUUUUAUUUUAGAGAGUUUAUGGAAAAAGUGUAGUUUAAUUGUAACAAACAAACGAUAUAGAACACGAAAUGAAAAAAUAACUAUUGAACAAUCACAAAAGUAUAAUAAAUGUUUCAAAAAAAAUAUGAUUAUAGUGUAUUGUGCAUUAUUAUUAUUCAAAACUACGUGGAAAAUGUGGUAUAGGUAUUCUAAUAUAAUUGAAAAGAAAAGGUGA